UAGAGGAGAGAGAGAAGAGGUGGAGAAGAACAACCCUCCUGCUGGAUCUAAGAGAGCUGAGGAACGACAGAACGACAGGAAAAGAGGAGUGGAAAAGUGAGAGAGAGAGAGAGAGAGAGAGAGAGAGAGAGAGAGAGAGAGAGAGAGAGAGAGAGAGAGAGAGAGAGAGAGAGAGAGAGAGAGAGAGGCCCUGAGGAAAGCUUGUUGGCGAGACAAAGAGACCCUCACCUAGGCCAGAUCACCUGGGCUCUCCCCCGCACCCCCCUCCCCCAUAUUGGUUGCUAGGACACCUUCAUCGGCUGUGAGGAGAGAGAGACCUCUGACGCUGCGCCUGCAGAGGACACCACAGAAGAAGAAGUGUCGACCGUCAGGUCCGAAUCCGCUCCGCUCCGCACUGUCUAGACUCAACUAGAAAUACCUCCAGUAAGAAAGCGUGGGCCCCCCCCCCCACCGGCCUGUCGUCAUGACGACCACCCCCGCUGCCCACUGAGAUCCACCACCCGAGUGAUUCAACUCCCCCCUCCCCACCCCUGAGGGAAGCUCCAUCGUCCGUCCGUCCGUCAGCCUGAUGGCCAGGCCAGGAAAUUUGAGGGCAGCCGCGGCAGGACUGCGGGCCCCCCUCCUCCCCCCCACCACGGUGUCCAGGCUCCUGCUCCUGCUGCUGCUGGUGCAGAGCUCCGCGGCAGAGACCCCCGCCGGCUGGGAGGACGUCAUCGAGGACCCGCUGGAGGACUCGGAGGCCGACGGCACCCUCAGACCCCUGACGACGCUGGAGGCGUUGUCGCCGGGCGGCUCCAGGUUGACCCCCCAGAAGUCCUGGCUGAUCUUCAGGAGGAACUCCAACAAAGGGGAUAACCGCAGGACCCGGCCCCACAAGAGGCCCUCCAAGCAUGGACUUCCGGGCCCCCCUGGACCUCCAGGGCCUCAAGGGCCGCCGGGCCCCCCGCCCUCCCCAGUGAUCCACAACACUGAGGAGCUCCAGCUCAAACUCAGAGAGCUGGCCAGUUCAGUCUGUGUGCUGUGUGAGCAGCGCCCCCGUGUGGCCACCUCCUUCCACAGCCGCCUGCAGCAGCCUCUGAGCAUCACCCGCCGCAGCCUGUAUGAGCUGCUGCCCUUCACCACGCCGUCCACCUCCGAGCAGCCACUCCAGCGCGGACCGGGCUUCAACAGCAGCACGGGCCGCUACAGCGCCCCCCUGGCGGGCUUCUACCAGCUCACCGCCAGCCUCCUGAUAGAGUCCAGUGAGAGAGGCACAACCCAAAGACCCAGAGACAGUGUGAAAGCAUCCAUCUGCAUCGACUCUCUCUGUCAGACCAACGUGUCAGUGGAAUCCGUUAUGGGUGUGAGGAGUGGGGGAGGUGUUUUCAGUAUUUUACUGACAGGAACCCUCUAUCUACAGGCAGGAGAGUAUGUGUCUGUUUUCGUGGACAACGCCACCGGUUCAGCCAUCAGCGUUCUGACAGACUCCCUGUUCUCUGGGAUACUGCUGGGAGUGUGAUCACACUAACACAUGGAAACACGCACACAUACACACAAACACAGAAACAGAAACACACACACACAGAAACAGAAACACACGCGUGCAAAGAAACACACACACACACACGCACACAAAGUAAAAAGACACCUACGAAGAAUACGCUGACAUUCCUUGGUGAAUACAACGCUGUCGUCAUGGAAACCCCAUCGCAUCCAUGAAUCAAACACACACACACACGCACACACACACACACACACACACACACACACACACACACACACACACACACACACACACACACACACACACACACACACAAACACACACACACACACACACACACACACACACACACACACACACACACACACACACACACACACACACACACACAGAACAUCCAACAUCAAUGUUACAGUACUGACGAACUUCUGAUAGAGAACACUGUUCUCUGGAAGACCACAGCAGCCUAACCGGGCUAAACGACCAAUCAGCACUCAGAGGAAGCCAAAUCCAACCGUGCUGAUUGGACUAUGCGUGUGUGAAGUCACAGAGCGUAUACGGGAUAAUGUGUGACACGGAAGAACAUUUGUUCAAGCGGCCAUGGCCUCUCAUUCGCUGUUCCUUCCGAUGACAUCAUGUAUUUUAAAAGUAUUUAUUCCUGUUUGGACGUUUUUAAUAAAGUUUUUUUAUUUAAUUAAAGAAUAUUUCUGCUCAGAUUGAA